CUGUGCUUUCCUGCUUGGAGGCCAGAUGGAUGGAGUGUUUGUGUCUGCAAAUGAAAAAGUUCAUUUCUGGUCAUUUUGGUGAAAACUUGACCUUUGGGUACGCUACACACACACAACACACACACACACGAGGCUGCAGCUGAUCGACCAAAGGAAACAGGAAGACGUGCGUGUAAGGUGUGUAAAACAGGAAGUUCUUGAUUUAGAGAAGUGAAAUAAGAAGAAAAGUUUUUGUGAAGCAGAAGGAAACAUCAGAGCUACAACAUGGACGUCCAUCGUGCUUCGUUCUGCUUUCUCCUCCUCUGUCUGCAGGUCAGAAGCAGCUCUAGAGCCGAGGAGCAACAUUUUUAUGACUAUCCAGGAGAAACGGUGACCAUUACUUGCGUCUUCUCGUCACCUGGAACAUGGAGGAUGUUCUGCAGGGAGAACUGUGAAGGGGAGAACGUUCUCAUCAAAACUUCUGAGAAGGAAAAAAAACGUAAACGAUACAAAACGGAGUACAAAUCUUCUAAGUCCAACUUUCGCCUGGAUGUGAGCAUCUCAGACCUGACCCUGUCAGACUCUGGACUCUACACGUGUGGGUUGGGUGGUUCCUCUUCAGUUUCAUACCACCAGUUCAGACUCGUGGUUGUAGACGCUCUGCUGGAUGGAACCAAAGAUCGUCGCCUCUUUAAAGAAACCGGCAGCUCGCUCACCGUGGCCUGUUCCUUCAGCGACCCGGGAAGAAAAAAGCUCUUCUGCAGAGGAGAAUGUGAUGGAGACCGGAUCCUGGUCCAGACGGACGGUGUCAAAGGUCAGAUGGGAAGAUACAGAAUCGAAUCUGAGAAAAGAUCCUCAGAAGCGGUUCUGUAUGUGAGCAUCAAGCAGCUGACCUGGUCCGACUCCGGGCUCUACAGAUGUCACCUGGACAUCCCCAACUGGCCAGACCCAUACGUAGAAUUCACCCUUUCUGUCACAGACGCUCUGGUGGACGGAACCAAAGUUCAGCACAUAGUUAAACCCGCCGGCAGCUCGCUCACCGUGGCCUGUUCCGUCAGCGACCCGGGAAGAACAAAGCUCUUCUGCAGAGGAGGAUGCGAUGGAGACCGGAUCCUGGUCCAGACGGACGGUGUCAAAGGUCAAAUGGGAAGAUACAGAAUAGAAUCUGAGAAAAGAUCCUCAGAAACGGUUCUGUACGUGAGCAUCAAGCAGCUGACCCGGUCCGACUCCGGCCUCUACAGAUGUCAACAGGGAAGAGUUUCCAGAAGAUCCCACGGAGAAUUUACCGUCGUCGUGUUCGAGGAAGUCCAACCAUCGAGCCAUCAGACCUCGUCACCAACGACCACGCUGAGUUUCAGCUUCGGUGCAGGAAGUUCUCAACCUCCAGUUUCUACUGAUCAGCCGGUUCUGCUGCAGGGAACGAGAACAUCUGGAGACGUGCUGCUGUUUGUUGUUCUGACUCUGAGCUUCAUCACCAUCAUCUUGUUUUCUGCGGCUCUGCUGGUUUUCUGCAAAUACAGAUCAGCUCAGAGAGAUCCUCCCGUGCAAACCGCUGCUGCUGCUGCUGCUGAGCCCGAUGGCGUCUAUGAAGAUAUCAGAGAAGACGAGGAGCUGAGAAGACCUCUUCCUGUGGACAUCUGCACAGUCUAUAGCUGCGUCUCAGUCUCCAAACCAACAGUUGCUGGAACCAACGACAGCGUCAUCGCUGCUGCCUCCUCUCAGAAGGCUGCAGAUCUUCUCAGUGACCUCUCCUAUGCAAAUGUGACAUUCUCCAACCAAAGCUUGGACCUUCCCACCAGGAGCUCUGAUGGCAGCGCUGCGGUUUACUCUCCGGUCCAGAACGCGAGCCGUGAUGCGGACGAGCCGCUGUACUCAAGGCCGGACUAACCAUAUGGGCAACUGGGCAAUUGCCCCACGAACCCUAAAGGGCCCAGGCUCAGGGCAGCAAGGGCACGAGCAAAAUACUGUAUCUGUAAUCUCCCGCUUUAUAUUAAACUAGGGUGACCGUACAUCCUGUUUUUCAUCCAGGAGCAGGGAUCGAAUUAUGGGAGAGCUGGACAUCCUACAUCCAGGGGAGCCGGAAAAAACGUUUUCUACAUCAUUCAUGGACUCUUGAGCAGAGAGCACAGAGAGCGUCUACUCUCUGAGAGUCACGUGACGUCCGGAGCUCUAUAGCGAUGAUCGUUGGUGUUCAGCUCUCCAGUCUGCUGCGUCCAGCGCACGGUCCAUUCUCAAAGUGGCGCAACCAAAAAACGAAUUAACCCACGAUCGUUCAUGUCCGCACAUGUUCUCUAUUUUCUGUCUUAUCUGUGCCUGAAGCGCUCUGCUGCUGCGGAGCUCAUCACCUGUGCUGCGGUGAUGUCACCUCACGCAGCAUCGAAACGCGCUCUCCGCUUUGCGGUCAGGAGAUCCCUUUGAUCUGCUCAGAAGUAACUGAUGAGGUGAAAAAGGAAGAAUCCAGGCAACAGUUUUUCUGGAGAGUUUAGAGGAGAUGCAGGAAGAUGAGAGACAGACAGGACAGGAAAAUAGUUCAAUAAAAACAAAACAAAAAGUAAAAUGUAGGUAGAUUUAUCUCCACUACACGUUUUUACCUGUAUAAAACAAUAAGUUCUACACAUGUAAUAUUUAUACAUCUGAUACAAUUCAGAUCACCUUCAACACUCAGUCACACACCCAGGGCCGUUUCAAGACAUUUUGGGGGCCAAGGCAAAAUGGCCCCCCCCCCC